UAGCUACAGCACUCUUCAGAUCUGUGGGCUUUGCCUAAACAUCUCACUUGCGUGCGUGCGUAACUUUUAGACAGGGGCACUUGGAUGCUGCAGGGAGUGCUCUCGUGCCUCGUCUUUCAAUUUGUCUCCAGGGCACUAUUGAUGUUUAAAACGGUUUACCAACGUAAAUUACCCUGUUGGAAUUACGAACACGGAUCUACACAUAAAAUAAGAAAUCAGCGCCCACAAUCGCGACUGGUUCUUCCGUGGCCGUGGAGGGGAUAUCAACCUGCUGAUCUACAGCAGCGGUAGGUUUCGGCUGCUGCAAUUUUGAAGCAGUCAGCGAUUUUAUACCAGCGUGACAAAGGAGUACUAUAAUUAUGUGAAUAAAAAAGUUUCUUUAAACUUUUCAGACGGUCUGAGCAGUUCAGUUCUCAACACAAAACAGGGGAUCUGUGGACAGUUCACGGUCAACACCAUUUUUUUAAAACAAGACCUCCAUUUGGGAUUUACAGUUAACAGGCGGCUGCCAAGGUGAACAGCAGAGAAUUCCCAAUGCUAUUGUCAGUGCUUUUUGUGAUAACGCUGCUAAGCAGUUGCCAUCACGGCUCAGAGGCCCAGGCCGUAUCAAUAAAAACGCUACGAUCUUCAAACAUAAGGCGUGAUGACAGCAAUCACCUCACAGACUUGUACCGAAAAGAAGAGACCAUCAUAGUGUCGGAAAGUGGCCAGAUUCAGAGCCCUCGCUACCCCAACAGCUACCCCAGAAACCUGCUGCUCUCCUGGAAGCUCCUCUCUCCGGAGAACACUCGGAUACAGCUGGAUUUCGACAGUCACUUCGGCCUGGAAGAGCCAGAGAACGACAUCUGCAGAUAUGACUUUGUGGAAGUGGAGGACACAUCCGAGACUAGCACCAUCAUUCUGGGGAGAUGGUGCGGGCACAAAGAAGCUCCUCCCAGAUUAACUUCCAAAACCAACACCAUCAAGGUCACUUUCAAAUCUGAUGACUACUUUGUGGCCAAACCUGGAUUCAAGCUCUACUAUUCUCUAGUGGAUGACUCCCAGCCCUCGGCAUCAGAAACGAAUUGGGAAGCAGUCACCAUCUCAGUGUCGGGUCCGGUCGCGUUUCCCCCAUCAGUGACCGACACCCCGCUGACCGCUGCAGCCCUGGACCAGACCAUCGCGGCCUUCGACACGGUGGAGGAGCUCCUGAAGCACCUGAACCCAGACUCCUGGCAGGAUGACCUGGACAGCCUGUACAAGGAGACUGGACACUACCGGCCCAGAACCUUCCAUCAUGACCGCAAGCACAAGAUUGACCUGGACCGGCUGAAUGAGGAUGUGAAACGCUACAGCUGCACCCCGAGAAACUUCUCUGUGAACCUGCGGGAGGAGCUGAAGGCCACCAACGCUGUCUUUUUCCCACGAUGCCUCCUGGUGCAGCGAUGUGGAGGAAACUGUGCUUGUGGGACAGAGGACUGGCACUCUUGCUCCUGCAACCCUGGCAAGACUACCGAAAAGCUGUACGAGGUGCUGAAGUUUUCUCCGGAGCCUGGUUACUACAGGAGGAAAACCCGAGCGCGCUGGGUCCUGGCGGAGAUUCAGAUCCAACACCAUGAGCGCUGCGAUUGCAUUUGCCACUCCCGACCCCCGCGAUGAGAAGGGCAUGCUGGGAGAUGGCGCCCAGGACCUUUGUAUUGUCUUUUCCUUUUUUUUUUUUUUUUUAAGGGCUUCUCCCUCGUCUCUUCCAGCAGGAGCCAUCCCUUCCUCUCUUCAGCAAAGUGAAUUACUGCUCUCCCAGCUUUAGCCACACUUUUCCCUAAACCUGCCUGGUUUAGGUUGAACAUGUCAGUGUGUAUCCACCUGUAUGUAUGCGUGUGAGUGCAAGUGUGUGAGCAUGUGUGUGUUUACCUUCAUUAUUUUCCUAAUGAGUAAUGCUAUAUCAGUAUAUAUCAAAAAUAGUAAUGCAGUCUCAACAAAUAAUCAAGCAACAAGAUAGCAAACUCCCUUAGAAAGCUAUACACAGUUUUCUAAGGAAAACAGAAUUAUUUAUUUGAUUUUAUUUGACUUUCUUUUAAAAUUUGUAAUAAUGUGCUUUUGUUUACUGCAUUUUUCCAUCUUCUUUCCUUGUUUUGAAUGAGUCAGUCUCAUGGUGUUGUGGGUCAUGGGAUCAAAAAUGUUCUCUUUUCCCGCAAAGUUCCACAUACAAUCCCUCUGACAGAUUAAAUGUCAGUUAAAGACAGCCCUAUAUAUAUCUCCUCAUACCCUUAUUGUGGUUUGUUUUGCCAGAAAGAGAGAUUUUACAAACCGAUUUAUUUAGUUCCAUUAGUUACUGUAUAUUUUAUAGUGACUGAAUCCACAUUAUUCCAAAACAAUACUUUUGGCCACAGCUUUUACAAAAAGGUUUAAAUUCAGGAACUCUACACUACGAGCAGAGGGAGGAGUUGGAGCAAAUGUUUCGCUUUUACAAAUUCUGAAGGCGUUAGGUGCUACCCUCAAGCCUCACAGGUCCGUCUCUGUCUAACAUCAAAUCCAGUGAACGUAAGCAGGCACUUACUCAUAUUCCUCUCAUCUGGAACCACAGUGAGAUGAGCCUCAAAAGACAACUGAAUGUUGAGCACUUAAAUGUACCCAUAUUCAGACACUAUGCCUGAAGACCUGUCACCCAGGAAGGAUGAUUUUGCAUCUGUCCAAAGCAAAAGAAGAACACACUUAAUGAGAAAAGUCCAGUAACCUGUAGAAAAAAUGGUUAGCUGUUAAUUGUAAACCUUUUAAAGGGAUACUUUGAUUAAACUUUAUAGGGAGUGAAAUUACAGACGGUUUUCCCUCUCCCAGAAGCCCUAAUAAGCUAGUUGUCAUGGGGCUCUCUGUAGCUGUGAAAUUGCAAUUGAUUCUCAGUCAAAUAUUAUGGCCGACCCGUCCGCCCCCUCUGCAUAUGCAUAAGUUUACUACCGAAGAAGACUGCCAAUAUCAAACAACCCAUCAAAAUACCUACUUGACUUCUGUGUGCAUUAGAUGAAAAAAUAAAAAGUUAAAACCAUAAAACAGCAAAACCUUCAUACCCACAUCUUUACCAUGUCACUGCCAAUUCCAAUUCUUUCAGCAAAUGAGCUGAAAAUGUAACCUCUUUCUUUUGUGUUUAAUUGGUUUUGAUCUCCCCCUACCCCCAUUCCCCACCGAAAAUGUUUAGCAGACAACUCAAUCUGUAGAAACCAGUUUUCCCAUUUUGAAAAUGAAAUGAUCAAGUACCCAGGCCUCACUUUCACAUAAGGCCAUGUAAUUCUAGCAUGUAUUGCUCACAGUAGAUCCAACGGGUGUGGAACAUUUGUUUGGUGUCAUAGUUAUCACAUGCUAUCAGUCUGCUGCUGUCAAGUAAUGUUACAUUGUUUCUGAAUUGAACAGUUUCCAACAUGCAAGUGCUGGCCCACAUAUGUAAGACUCUUUUCUUGGACUCCAUUCAAUGGCACAACUUCUAACAAGUUCAGUCAUUUGUUAGCUUUCUGUUCGUGUUUGCUAAUGCAAGCUAACAUUUUGAGAACCCAGCAUAGCAAAUAAAAAUAAUGCAGGACAAGUUCUGCAGGUCACUUUUGAAAAAUGAUCCUCUUAUUGCAAGACAUUUUGCCAAAACAAUUAUUACAGUAUUAUAGCUUAUAGCUAACAUUAACUAGAAAGCAACAUUUACAGAAUUCUAAUUCUAAAUCCAAUAAGACAGCUUGAGUGAAAUUACAUAACUAUGUACUAUUGUAUAGCUUCCUGAGUUAAUAUAUUCAACAUAUGGGCAGACAGCCCGGCUAAAACUGAGUUUUCCUAGCAGACUGCAUUUGUUCCUAGGUUUAAUACGUAUUGUGUAUUAACAAACUAGAACUUACAGUUCCUUAAAUUUAUGAGUUACAGUGCGGCCCUGUGAUGUGACCCAGCAACAAUGUGCUGGCCAUACACAUGAAAGAGUGCACAAAGCAUGACUCAUGAUGAUAUGAAUCCUUGCUUUACGCAGUUCAAUGGUCAUGCACAGCUUGACACAUUUUUUGGCCUUGUGUUUCAUAUUUGCAGCACAUUUGCACGUUGGGACCCAGUUCAGUGCGGAAACUACAUCACACACCCUGAGGUCAUGCAUCUUGUGGGCAGUAAAUGGAUGUAAUUUGUGAAAACCAACAAAUUUCUGACACAUGAGGAGACGGAGGGGAAUAGGCCGUAACUGAAAUGGCGCAUGUGAAAGCCGUAAGAGCGGCUGCAGAGCCCUCCAGGUCCAUAUUAGCCCAGGCGUUUGCAUUGUGAGCGCACUGAGAAGCGCAGGUAGAGGCAGUAGCUACAUGUAAAAAGGCUCUGAGUCUGAGGCAGCAGAGGGACUGUGAGCGCUGUAACGAAACCAAUCAAUCAUUUUCAAUUUUAUUUGUAUAGCGCAUUUUACAAAGGAUUUGUAGCGAUGCAUUUCACAGUUUACCCUCGUCUAAACCACCAAAAAUGCCGACCAGAGGCAACAGUGAGACGAAAAAGCACCCUGAAGACACGUGGGAGGAGUCCUGGGGAGAAACCAGACUCAGUGGGGGGGGGGUCUAUCAGUUUCAGACAGGGUGCAUGAAGCAUUUGAAGGUGGCGGUUGGGGUGGCAGGCUGGAGGCUUUGGGGUGACUCAGGAAAGGGGGAAGUUGUCCCAUUGGUGAGAGUGGGUGACAAAGAAAACAGUUAGGGAAGAGCUAUGGGCAGAAAACCGGGUGAAUAGAGAGCAGAGAGAGUAGAGUGCUCAACACACUCCUGUCAGGAGUUCACUAUGGCAGCAUAACUCCUAGGACACAGACAGAGAACCCAUACAGGCAUGAGAAAGGCAAGAACCACCCCCCCCCCACCCCCAAGAGCCUGCCUGUGAAAAGGGGGUCAGAACUGCUGAGAGGGGACUGUGAGUAAAGUGUAUCGCCCCAAACCGUCAUCCAGCAGUCUGCCCCACUAAAGAGGGGAUGGGAAUGAUGGCGUGGCCCUAAAGGGCUUCUCAUCAUGACUGUGUUGUUUCUGAUCACACUAGUUUCAGCAGAGAAAUGGCAGAGAACAAGGCGAAAUUUGGGAAGUCUGCACAACACUGAUAUGCCUGAAACCAGGCCGGAGCCAUACGUUUUAAUCAGGAUGAGGGAAGUAAAAAAAAAAAAUUUUUUUAACUGUAUCGAUGUGCACAUUUGAGACAGGAAACACAUUUUAAGACUCUAAAAAAAAGAAACUUUAUUAACUGGCUUUUCAGUGUUCCUACAAAAUUGUAACCCCUCCUAUACAAUGACAAUGUGCAGUGUAUAUAUGUAUAUAUAUUUACAUGGAGAAUUGAGUGCAUAUGAGAAAACUUGUUAGUACCGGUUCCCUCCCACAGAAUGCCAAAGUCAGAUGCCUUUAAACAAAUGUUUUCCUUGUCUGCAGUUCACACAAAGGCAUUUUGUCAAGUAUUGCAGGAGAUAUGUUACUGUGUUUUUCUUUUUUAUAUCAAUCUGUUCUGUAUCAAAUUGUGUAAAUAAAAUAUCUAUGCCUUGGUUGUCCAAACAGAA